UAAAAAGGCUGCAGCAGUGUGCACGUGUUGUUGUGUGGAAUGUGUUUACGUUUGUCUGCAUUCAACACUUGUUUUGUAGUCGUAAUUUUAUCAUUUUAUAGCACAAAUUCUAGAUAAAUAUGGCAAGUGCUUGGCGGUCUCUGCCUUGCAAAAUAUCAGAACUGCGACUGGAUAUAACACUAGCUUGUGGUCAAAGUUUCAGAUGGAAGGAAAUUCAACCAGGUAUUUGGAGGAGUGUCUUGGCUGGUAGAGUUUGGACCUUAAAACAAACUGAUGAUGAAAUUCUUUACCAAGUCCAUCCUUCAGAUGCAAUAGAACCAGACAACAGUGUGCGCAUCAAACAGGAAGUUCCUCCACCAAAGAAGGGUUCUAAGCUAAAACAGCCUGCUAAAAAGGAGACAAGAAAAGUGGAAGAUGGGGACACAAAAGUAGUUCAAUUCAUCAAGGAAGAGAAAAAAGAUACAACCCUAACCCUUGGAGACGACUACCCAACUAUCCUGAAAGACUACUUCCAGCUCAGCGUAAAUCUUGAGAAACUCUACAAGAAAUGGAAAGCUGCAGACAGCAAUUUCAACACCAAGGUUGCUCCAAACUUCCCCGGUGUAAGAGUACUUCGCCAAGACCCAACAGAGAAUGUCUUCUCCUUCAUUUGCUCAUCAAACAAUAACAUCUCUCGAAUCACAGGCAUGGUGGAUAAACUUUGCUCAUUCUACGGGAAGGAACUUGCAGUCUUGGAUGGUACGACAUGGUUCACCUUCCCAACGGCUGAGGCCUUAGCACAGGAUGGUGUGGAGCAAGUGUUAAGAGAUAAAGGAUUCGGGUACAGAGCGAAGUUCAUCAGUCAGACUGCUAAAUUUAUUGAGAAACAGCCGAAGGGAUGGUUGGAGAGCAUAAGAGAGUUGGAGUAUGAGGAGGCGCAUGCAGAGUUGGUGAAACUACCUGGUGUGGGAGCAAAGGUUGCUGACUGUGUUUGUUUGAUGUCAAUGGAUAAACCUAACGCCAUCCCAGUAGAUACACAUGUAUGGCAGAUUGCAUGUAGAGACUACAUCCCAACCCUUCACAAGACCAAGUCCCUGACUGACAAGGUGUACAAGGAAGUUGGAGAGUUCUUCAGGGCUCUGUUUGGGGAAUACGCUGGAUGGGCUCAUUCUGUUCUCUUUAGUGCUGAUUUGAAGAAGUUUCAACCCAAAACAGGACAGCUGCCAAACUCACCAGACAAGAAGAAAAACAGGAAACGUGAAUCAGGUGAUGCAGAGGUUGGCAAACAAUCCAAAGGACAGAAAAAGACAAAGAAAUAAGUCAAUUUAUCAUAUAAAAAAAAAUAGCGAAGGGAGAUGGCUAGUGUUUAUCUUUUAAUUUUACAAGAUUUUAGGUUUGUAUUAAAGAAAAACAUUGUAUUAACAUUUGAUUUCUUCUAGAAAGAAAACUUGUUUAAUCAUUUGAAUUAAAUGAGUUUUAAGCAAAUUUGUUGACAAAACAAACUAACUCAGCCAGUUCUCCCUUGUGUCUUUUUUAUUUGAUAAAAGAAUUGAAUUUUAAAGAAGAAUCUUGUGGAAAGAAACAAACAUUUAAAAGCGAGACUUGUUUACAAAACAAUUGAUGAGUUGGUUUCAUUGAAGAACCAUACUAAAACAAACUUUUAAGUUAAACAAAAAUCUGGUGAUGCAUAUUUAAUCCAAAGGAUGGAAAAAGAAAACAGUUGGUUUAUUAUAAACAAAUUGCGAUGUCAGAUGACUUGUGUUUUAUCUUUUUUUAAU